AAGAUGCGUAGCGAAGGUUUCUGCCUACCUAGGCAGUCCGCGUCUCGACUUUGCUCCACAAACGUUUGGUUUCACGCGGCAUUGACCCGAGUCGGUUAUCAUUCGCGUCACGGAUGCGUCCUCGGGACCGCGAACGGGAGGAUAUAUUUUUUAUCUGUCGACGUACGCCACCGCCUAUCUGCGGUUUUGUAAAUGACGCCCCCGGUAUGCGGAUCCUGGCGAAUAUUUUCUGGGAUAAAGGCUGUCCCGUUUGAUUUAGCGUCAGUGUUAAUUUUUGUGCGCCCUUCCAGUAGUGUUUUCUUUCCUAUUUUGUCGGAUUAUCUUUAUUUCGCAGCGACCUCGUUCUGGAUUCGUCGAUUUUCUCUUUUCAAGGCAAUGAAACAGAAUUACGAAAGUCUUUCGGAAAAAUACAAGGCCUACAACAUUCUCCAUCAUUCCUCACACCAACACUGCUCGUCAUCACUAUCAUUCACCGUCAUUCCUCACCACGAAUACAUCAUCGUUCCUCACAUCAACACUGUCCAUAGUCACUAUCGUUCACGCUCGUUCCUCACCACGAAUACACCAUCGUUCCUUCACAUCAACACCACUUCGCAAUCAAAAUCAACCUCGAAACUUCAUCCUUCAUUGUCGCGGAAACUUCACCUUCGCCGAAUUUCUCCUGUGUCAUCGCAUUCGAUACGAAAACCCGAUCGAAUAUUCACAUCUCCCAUCAAAGGAGGCCGCGUUAUCGUUCGAUCGUCGCGAUAG